UUACAGCAAGGGAUCCACAAUGUGGAUGAGAUGAACAAGAAGUUUGAUUACAAGAACCGUCUCGACAAGAAAGACUUGGUCAUGCUGCCAGUGCUCGAGUGCGCAGAUGUAACCGAUAAGGACGGAGGGAGGCAUUAUUGGGUCUUCAGUGUCAACUUGAGGGACGGACGCUUCGAAGUUCUUGAUUCAAGCAGGACGCUGGACAACAUUGAGCUGAUGAACAACGCCUCUACCAUUGCGGGGGCAGUACGCCAGCUAUGGAGGAAGCAUUACCCAAAGUUCAGCAUCGAGCACUUCCAGAUUAUUGACAUUGACGUACCAAAGCAGCUUGGCAAUAAUGAGUGUGGGUUGUUCGCACUGCUUAACGCCACCGAGUGGAAUGGUAGCCAACUGCCCAACUACGACCCCAAGGAAGUACUCAACAUCAGGAAGAAGCUGACGUAUGAUUGGGUCACCAGCGUGCACAACACCGCCCCAUGGAGGAAGUUGCUGAGAUACGACAAGGAGUAG